AUGAGUAUUGAGGAUUGGGAUAAUAUUUGCAAUAGAAAAUUCGUUAAAAAUUUUAGUUCGCCUGAAGCUCAGAAGCAUUUCUUACAAUUGUCUUAUUUCCGAAGGCAAGGUCAUGAUGAGAAGAAUGCAAUGAAGGGAUUGAAAACUGAGGAAAAUGUACAAUGGGAAAUGGCCUGCCAUAAAGCUGAAGAGAAUCUGGAAAAAUCAGUGGCAGAAGACUUGCGUAAAUCUUAUUCAGCAAAUCAUUGGAAGGCUAUAAGAGAACUCUUUCAAAUAUUAGGCUUUACCAGCAUUGAUGAUAAACGUAUCCUUCCUGGUAAUAUUGUAUCAGAAGCAUUCGUGCAAUCCUGUGAAAGAUUUAUAGAAAUUCGAAAUCAGUUUUUAUCACUCUUUGGCUUUAAGUCUCAUGCUAAGACAACACCAGAUCUUAAUUCAGCUAUAAAGGCAAUCAAUGCAAAAAAUACUGGUUUUGGAGAUAAAGAUGCACCAGAACUUCCACCAUAUAGGCCAAAACCAGAUAACGAUAUUCAGGAACUCUUUGAUUCUAUAGGGCAGGACAAAUAA